AUGAAGUCGAGCAGCCCAGACGGAGGUGCGAUGCGUUUAAACCUAACGCAGGAACGCGUUUGGAAUACACGCCCAGAGCCCGAGGCCAGAGUCACGAAGUACAAAGCACCUGGGUGCCAGGCAUCCAGGGAAGGCUGUGUUACUAUUUUUUUCCACUCCGCUGCAACCACCAAUAACUCUGUGGUGCAGAGAAAUUCCAAGCACGCUGACACGAGUGAGCGCUUCGCCAAACGUUUGUCAAGCAAAUGCAACGCUAGGCUGGGUUACCCAGCACUUCCAGGCAGCUGGCAACCGGCAAGCCCCACCUGCCGCCAAGUUAGGGGAGGCCGCUGUUGCCUACUGCGUGGCUUUCCUGGCCCACGCGGUCACGCGAGGACCUGCGACGUCGGCGCGCUUUCUCCGGGUCCCCCGGCUGCCCAUCACCUGAUCGCGGCGUGGGCGAGACUCAAGCCUUCCUCCCGAUCAGCCUCCUCGGCUGGCGGAGCACGGCGGGCCGGGGAGGCUGACCGCACCCCGCCCACCGGUCCGGCCACGCCCCCGGGGGCGGGGCCGAGGCGCCGCGCAGGCGCAGAGCCGCCGCGUCGCGCCUGCGCCGUGGCGGGGCUGAGGGAGGCGGGGGAUUGGUAUGAGAGCUGGAGUGUGAGGGGAGGGAGGCGUCCCGGCCGAGCGUGGUACUACGGCGGGCGCGGGCCGGAGGGGGCGGGGGGAUGCGCCGCGGCGGUGGCGCGGGCGCUGGGCUGGGGCUUGGCCGCGCCAGAGCAGCGGAUCCCGGCGUCGCCGCGGCAGCCGCGCGGGUGUCGCGCCGGGCUGGUGGCCGGCGCGGCGGACGGAUGCGACCUGGUGCCCCGGCACCUCCGCGGGCGGCGCGCGUCGGGAGCGGCCGGAGCGACCGCGGCUCCCUCGGCCGCGGCUGCGGGCGAGCGCCGGGCGCUGCUGACAGAUCCCUGUAUAUCACUGAGUCCACCAUGCUUCACUGAAGAAGACAGAUUUAGUUUGGAAGCGCUUCAAACAAUACAUAAACAAAUGGAUGAUGACAAGGAUGGAGGGAUAGAAGUGGACGAGAGUGAUGAAUUUAUCAGAGAAGAUAUGAAAUAUAAAGAUGCUACAAAUAAACAUAGCCAUCUUCACAGGGAAGAUAAGCACAUAACUGUUGAGGAUUUGUGGAAACAGUGGAAAACAUCAGAAGUUCAUAAUUGGACGCUUGAGGAUACCCUGCAGUGGUUGAUAGAAUUUGUUGAACUCCCACAAUAUGAGAAGAAUUUUAGGGAUAAUAAUGUGAAGGGAACAACACUCCCCAGGAUAGCAGUUCAUGAAACUCCAUUUAUGAUUUCCCAGUUGAAAAUCAGCGACCGGAGUCACAGACAGAAACUUCAACUCAAAGCACUGGAUGUGGUUUUGUUUGGGCCUCUGACACGUCCACCUCAUAACUGGAUGAAGGAUUUUAUUCUCACAAUUUCCAUAGUAAUUGGUGUUGGGGGUUGUUGGUUUGCUUAUACACAAAACAAGACAUCAAAAGAACAUGUUGCAAAAAUGAUGAAAGAUUUAGAGAGUCUACAAACUGCAGAGCAAAGUCUCAUGGACUUACAAGAGAGACUUGAAAAGGCUCAAGAAGAAAACAGAACUGUUGCUGUAGAAAAGCAAAAUCUAGAGCGAAAAAUGAUGGAUGAAAUCAACUAUGCCAAGGAGGAGGCCUGCCGGCUGAGGGAGCUGAGGGAAGGCGCCGAGUGUGAGCUGAGCCGGCGCCAGUAUGCAGAGCAGGAACUGGAGCAGGUCCGCAUGGCUCUAAAAAAGGCUGAAAAGGAGUUUGAACUGAGAAGCAGCUGGUCUGUUCCUGAUGCGCUGCAGAAAUGGCUUCAGCUAACACAUGAAGUUGAAGUACAGUACUACAAUAUUAAGAGACAGAACGCCGAGAUGCAGCUAGCCAUUGCUAAGGAUGAGGCAGAAAAAAUUAAAAAGAAGAGAAGCACAGUCUUUGGGACCCUGCAUGUUGCACAUAGCUCCUCCUUGGAUGAAGUAGACCACAAGAUUCUGGAAGCCAAGAAAGCACUCUCUGAACUGACGACAUGUUUGCGAGAACGACUUUUUCGUUGGCAGCAGAUUGAGAAGAUCUGUGGCUUUCAGAUAGCUCACAACUCUGGGCUGCCCAGUCUCACCUCCUCUCUGUACUCUGACCACAGCUGGGUGGUGAUGCCUAGAGUCUCCAUUCCACCUUACCCCAUUGCUGGAGGAGUUGAUGACUUAGAUGAAGACACGCCCCCAAUAGUCUCACAGUUUCCAGGGACCGUGGCCAAGCCUGCUGGAUCUUUAGCCAGAAGCAGCAGUUUAUGCCGCUCUCGUCGCAGCAUCGUGCCGUCCUCCCCACAGUCCCAGCGAGCUCAGCUCCCUCCACAUGCUCCUCUGGCAGCCCACCCUCGGCAUCCUCACCACCCCCAGCACCCCCAGCACUCAUUGCCCUCCCCAGAUCCAGACAUUCUGUCUGUCUCGAGUUGCCCUGCUCUGUAUCGGAACGAGGAGGAGGAGGAGGCCAUCUACUUCACUGCUGACAAACAAUGGGAAGUACCAGACACAGCUUCAGAAUGUGACUCCUUAAACUCUUCCAUUGGAAGGAAACAGUCUCCUCCUUCAAGCCUUGAGAUAUAUCAAACAUUGUCUUCUCGAAAGGUGUCGAGAGAUGAGCUUUCCCUGGAGGAUUCUUCCAGGGGGGAUUCGCCAGUGACAGCGGAUGUCUCCCGGGGCUCCCCUGAGUGUGUGGGUCUGACAGAAACCAAGAGCAUGAUCUUCAGCCCUGCGAGCAAAGUGUACAAUGGCAUCUUGGAGAAGUCCUGUAGCAUGAACCAGCUUUCUACUGGCAUCCCAGUGCCUAAACCCCGACACACAUCAUGCUCCUCAGCUGGCAAUGACAGCAAGCCAGUUCAGGAUGCCUCAAAUGUUUCUCGAAUAAGCAGCAUCCCACAUGAUCUUUGUCAUAAUGGCGAGAAAAGCAAAAAGCCAUCAAAAAUCAAAAGCCUUUUCAAGAAGAAGUCUAAGUGACUCAGCUGGCUUGAUGGAAUUCCAUUCAAGUGGCAUCUGUAAACUUUUAUCUCCCACCCUCCACUCCGUUUUUAUUUUAAUUUUAGGAAUGUAACUCCAUUGGGGCUUUCCAGACUUGAUGCCAUAGUGGAAAUGUCCUUAAGGGCCAGCUGUCUACUGUCUGCUUAAUUAACUGACUACGCAAUCACUUCAUCAAGUCAGACAUUACCGAAAAGUCAUCAAGAGGAGACAGUUUACAGUUAUUUCCGCCUAUUUAUUUCUGCAUUGAUGUUAGUGAUGUAUACACAGCAUUCUGUUGAAAGCCGCUAUGGACUUACAAGCUUUAAUGGACUGUAAGCCAGCAUGGGCUUGCAAAAAUUUCUUGUUUACCGGAAUAUCUUCUUAUCUUUCCACAGAGCUGUUUCCAUCAUGGACUAAAUAACUUAAAAGAAGUAAAACUAAUUGCACUACUGUUUUCCAGACUGGAAAAAAAAAUCUCUGCAAGUAAAACUGUAUAGAGUUUAUAAAAUGACUGUGGAUAGGGGACUGUUUUCAACUUUUAGAUCAAAAUGGGUUUUUAAGUAGAAACUAGGGUUUCUAAUUGACUUGAUUUCUGGAAAUGAAAACCCACACUUUUAUUAUGGGACGCUUCUUCAAAUGCAUUUAUUAUUAUAAAGUUUCAAGUCCUGCUGUAAAGAUCAUGUUGUUUUGUUUUCCCCAGGGCUUUCACUGUGAUUCACUGCACUGCAGGCUGUAUGAUAAAAUAUAAAUAAUGUAAAGAGAGAAGGCUCUUGCUUCCUUAUACAAGCGGAAGAGUUAAAACUUGAUCGAAGGACUUAAAACAUUCACAUGCUUAAACUGAGGUUGGGGGUGUGGGGAUUCAGGCACUUGUUUACAGACUUUGAAUAAAUGCAAAGAAUUUAUGGUUUGUGAAAAAAUUUGUACUGUGGAAAAGAUAAUAAAUUGGAGACAUUA